CACCCAUAUGCACGUCACGACGAAUUCGGACAGGUCGCAUAACGCAUGCAGCUGGGCCUGUUCCGAGCGUUUAUACAGCAUGAGCACCAUGUUUCUUUUCCCUCGCGCAUUUCUUUUUUCCCCAACAGACAUUCUCAUAGGCUGCUGAUUGAGUUCUGUCAUAUUUGAGUGAUACCCAGAUGACGAGAUGGACCUGAGACUAUGUGUCGUCCUUGCGAUACUCGAAACAUUGCUUAUUACUGCCAUUGAUUGCAACGUGGGAAUUUCCGUAGGCGAAUGCAAGGCAACUGUAACGUUCUGGACGUUGUUCCUUGCCCAAAUUCUGGCAAUCAAGUUCUAUCGCAUCUUUCUAUAUCACCGAUACUUCUCGCCACUCCGUCACUUGCCAACUCCGAAGGGCAAUCAUUUUUUCUUUGGUCAGGCAUUGAACUUAAUCAAAGCAGACUCCCCAACCACGCUUCAUGUGCAAUGGAUGAAGCAAUUUCCUGGCGCGCCCCUCAUUCGAUUCUUGACGUUUGGUAAUAAUGAGGUUCUCCUGGUCAAUAGUCUGAAUGCACACAAGGACAUGUUUCAGACAAAAUGUUAUUCAUUUCGCAAGCCGGAUAGAUGGUCGCGCAUGAUGAAAGACAUAACUGGUAUCGGACUGGCAACUCUAGAAGGCGAAGAGCACAGGGCUCAUAGAAAAAUGUUGUCCAGCACAUUUUCUCCCGGCAGCAUUCGCAGGCUUCAGCCAGUAUUCCAGGCCAAAGCAAGAGAGGUGUGCGAGCUUUUUGACCGCGCGAUCGCUAUCUCCGGGUACGAGAAUGUUGGAGCUAUCGACUGCACUGACACUUUCUCCAAGGCAACCUUGGAUAUCAUGAGCCUCACAACUCUUGGUGUCGGCUUGUCUCAUAUGGCUUCUAUAGGCUCUGCAGAGACACUGCAGGCCAGAGGUGAACUGGCGAAGUCUCCUUACACUUUCCAUGAAGCAUAUAGCACUAUCUUCGGCCCUGACACAAUUGGAAAGCUGCUGAUGUUCGGUAACAUGUUUUUGCCCACUCGAUGGCUGCCACUCGAAGCCAAUCAUAGGUUCAAGUUUGCGACAACUUGGCUUCACGACACGUUGUCGCGGCUUGUGCAUCAGAGGUUUCGAGACGUCAAAGUCACAUCUUCUGAAGGCAAGUACUCAGCAAAAGGCUCUCAAGACAUCUUGUCUUUCAUCGUAGAAGAGAGUAUGCCGGGCGGUGUCGCAUCAGGCAUAACGAAAGACUUGGUCAAAGGACAUUUACUGCAGUUUCUGGGUGCUGGGCAUGACACCUCGGCGAACUCAAUCUCCUGGUGCAUGCAUACACUGGCGACACGGCAGGAUUGCCAAGCCAAGUUGCGAGACGAGAUCUGCCAAUUGACCAAUCGCGUACCCUCACCGGGUUUCUCUGAUCUAGAUAACUUGCCGUAUCUGAACCAGUUCGUGAAAGAAGUCCUCCGAGUAUAUCCACCAGCGUCCAUUAUUUAUCGUCAAGCGAAUGAGGGCAUAAUUAUUGACGGUGUGGAAGUACCUAAGGACACCUGCUUCGAGGUUGUUGCAGCUGUGACAUCUAUGAAUCCAUACAUCUGGGGUGAGAAUGCGGAAAUGUUCGAUCCGUCGCGCUGGGACUGUUUGACAGAAGUGCAAGCGUCGCCUUAUGCUUUUGCAGCAUUCUCCAAUGGGCCACGCAUCUGCAUUGGCCGCCAAUUCGCCCUCUAUGAAAUCAAGACGAUCUUGGUGGAGAUCAUCCGCAGUUUCGAGGUUCUCGAUGAUAUGGAGCCCUUCACAAUCGAGAAUCCAGGGCUGACGUUGCGCCCUCAUGGCAUGAAGGUUCGUUUCAGAAGGACAGAUUAGGUGCAAAAUACAACAAAGUGAAAGGAUAUGAAUGAAAUUGCACUCAAAUGCCUGAAGUUUAUUGAGACUUGAACUAUCAGCCAAUCACGACCGCAGAACCUGUAGCAACGC